AUGCAAGCAAAACUGGUCCUACUGGGCGACAUGGGCGCGGGGAAGUCGUCGCUCGUGCUGCGGUUCGUGAAGGGUCAAUUCUUCGAGUACCAGGAGUCCACCAUCGGCGCGGCGUUCUUGACGCAGACGGUGGCGGUGAGCGACGCGGUGGUCAAGUUCGAGAUCUGGGACACGGCCGGGCAGGAGCGCUACCACAGCCUCGCGCCCAUGUACUACCGCGGGGCCGCGGCCGCCAUUAUCGUCUACGAUAUUACCAGCACCCAUGUCUCCCUUAUGUUGUUCCGUUCUCGUCCAUCAUCAAAUUUCCCAUCAUCCGUUCCUAAAGCUGUACCCGUCCUCUCCCUUGUCCUUGCGCGCCCUGCAUACGCCACCCUCAGGUAA